GGCACUUAUUUAUCCCGAGCAGUUCUAAAUAAAGGCAGUGCAGUAUUUUUAUAAUAAAUUAUCAUUUUAAAAGAGUAAAAUAUUUAUAAAAAUGUCAUUACUUAUGUUGAAAAAUGCUGCUCGUCUCAAUCAGGGAAUAUUUCCUUCCGGGACAUAUGCAUUGGCAACAAGUGUUAAUAUGUGUAAAACAUAUGCAACAAAACUAGACAACCCAUCAAAUAAAAAUAUUGUUUUUAUUGAUGGUGUAAGAACACCAUUUCUAUUAUCUGGUACCCACUACAGUAAACUGAUGGCACUCGAUUUGGCAACACAUACUUUGGUGUCACUGCAACGUAAAACAAAUAUACCAAAAGAAUUAAUUGAUUAUGUUAUAUAUGGUACAGUGAUGCAAGAAGUUAGAACAUCAAAUAUAGCACGAGAAGCAGCAUUAGCUGCUGGUUACAGCAACAAAACACCAGCACACACUGUCACGAUGGCGUGUAUCAGCAGCAACGCUGCAAUGACAACUGGCAUUGGUUUGAUAUCUUCUGGAGUUUUCGACACAAUCGUUGCAGGAGGUGUUGAGUUCAUGUCGGAUAUCCCGAUCCGUCAUAGCCGCCCGUUACGUAAUAUUAUGGUCAAAGCAUCUAAAGCUAAGAGUUUGCCUCAGACAUUGGGUCUGCUUGCUCAGAUACGUCCCAGUCACUUUAUUCCUGACUUGCCAGCUGUGGCUGAAUUUUCAACUGGCGAGACAAUGGGACACAGUGGAGAUCGUCUAGCAGCAGCAUUUGGAGUCUCGCGAGCUGAACAAGAUGAGUAUGCACUGAGGUCUCAUACUUUAGCGCAACAAGCUCAGCAGCAAGGAAAUUUGACUGACUUGGUACCGAUGAAAGUUCCGAAUGUUGAAAAAGUUGUUGAUAAGGACAACGGGAUACGCGUCUCUCCAAUCGAGAGCUUGGCUAAAUUGAAACCAGCAUUCGUUAAACCUUACGGUACAGUUACGGCAGCUAAUGCGUCAUUUUUAACAGACGGUGCAUCUGCUGGUCUGAUUAUGACUGAAGAAAAAGCGCGUGAGCUUGGACUGAGACCCAAAGCUUAUUUAAGACACUUUACUUUUGUAUCACAGGAUCCUGUUGACCAGUUGCUACUUGGUCCCACUUACGCUAUUCCAAAAGUACUAGAUAAAUCCAGACUAUCAUUGAACGACAUCGGAGUUUGGGAAGUCCAUGAAGCAUUUGCUGGUCAAAUUCUCGCAAAUCUGAAAGCCAUGGACUCUGAUUGGUUUGCAAAAGAAUAUUUGCAGCGUCAAGGCAAAGUCGGAGUUCCAGAUUUGAAAAAAUGGAACGCCUGGGGCGGGUCGCUGUCCAUUGGACACCCGUUCGCUGCUACUGGUAUCAGAUUAGCGACGCACACUGCCAACCGUUUGAUCAAAGAGGACCAGCAGUUUGGAAUAAUCGCCGCUUGUGCUGCCGGUGGCCAGGGAGUCGGGAUGCUUCUAGAGAGACAUCCAGAUGCCAAGUUAUAAAAAUAUUGAAAUUUUAUAUUUUUAUAUUUAAAUUUGAAUUUUAAUUAUUGUUAAAUUUACAAAAGAAAUUAUAAUUAGGAGUUUAAUAUUACGCAAGUAUAUA